UUUGCUUUCGGGUUGCCUGGGGGUGUGGUUGGUUGCCUGCAAAGGGCAGAGAGAACAGACACCCACCCAGCUGCGAUGGCCUCUCCAGCUACAGCAGGGGACAUAAAAGAUGAUGCUAUUUGCUCCAUCUGCCUGGGGUAUCUGACAGAGCCGGUGACUAUAGUGUGUGGGCACAACUUCUGCCGAGCCUGCAUCACCCAGUACUGUGCGGAAAAGGGAAUGGGACCACCCCUGACCUGUCCCCAGUGCAGAGCCCAGUUCCAGAAAGGGGAGUUCAGGCCCAACACCCAGCUGAACAACAUUGUACAAAAGCUCAAACAACUGGGGUUAAAACCAGGAAAAGGGCAAAAGGAGAAACUGUGUGAGAGACACGAGGAACGUCUCAAACUCUUCUGUGAGGAGGAUGGAGAAACCAUUUGCUGGGUGUGUGAGAAAUCCCGGGACCACAAGUCUCACACAGUGGUUCCCAUAGAGGAGGCUGCCCAGGAGUACAAGGAGAAACUCCAGGGAGUUCUGGGCCCUCUGAGGAAGAAGCUGGAGGAGGCCCUGGCGCUGACAUCUAAAGAGAAGAAGGAAACCACGGAGUGGCAGAGGAAAGUGAAGAACAGGAGAGAGACGAUUGCAGGUGAAUUUAACAAACUGCACACACUGCUGAGAGAGGAGGAGCAGCUGCUUCUGCAGAGACUGGAGGAGGAGGAGAGGGCGACUCUGCAGAGACUACAGGAAAAUGUCACCAAACUCUCCCUUCAAAGCUCCUCUCUGCAGCAGCUGAUCACAGAGAUUGAGGAGAAGUGUCAGCAACCAGUUGUCGAGCUGCUAAAGGAUGUGAAAAGCACAUUGAGCAGGAGUGAGAAUGUGAAACUCCAGGAACCAGAAGCCGUUUCUACUGACCUGAAGAACGUGUAUAAAAUUUCCCUUGACAUGAGGGAAGCGUUGAAGAGAUUUGGAGGUGAGUGGAGUCUACUGGGACAUGCAGCUGUAUUGUGCCUGGGGAUCUGGACAGAGCCUGGGACCCCAGGACACGCAUGGACCCAGCUGACAGGCUUGGAGCUGUGUGAUAGCUGGAGGCUGAUGUGCUCAGUGCUGGGGAGUUUGCCUGAUAUUUGGACCCACUAGGGUUGCCAACUCUCC